AUGGGUGACGCUGACGACGCGCAGUUCAACGGGGUGGAGCGUGUGUUUGGUGAGAGUGCUGAGGUAAAAUACCUCAUGUGCUUUUAUCAUGUCGUUGCGAAAGUAUUUGAGAAGACACGUGCUCUGCAGCCUUCUCACGCUAAGCUGGUGAUGACUGGGGUCUACGACAUGCACUUCUCUCUCAGCGAGGCCGAGUUCCUCACCACGAAA